AAUAUGAGAAACUACAUAUGCAAUUUCCCGUUACAGUGGCACAGACUAACGAACAUAUAGACGAAGGAAAGCGCUCACCGCUUAUCAUCGAAAAAAAUCUGAUCAGCAGAUGUCGUGGGAACAUAGCAUACCGCUUACGGUGCCGACUGCACAUACAUCGAUUAUUCACUAGCCGUCGACUAGAACUGAACUCGACCUACAUAACCCUAAUGUAGAUGCCGUGUAAACCUGCAAAGCACAAGUGGGCGAAAUUACAUUACAUCAGGAAACAAAUAACAAAACAUUUUAUAGCGGUUGUUUAAAUAAAUCCAGAGCAGCAUGGAUCUUUUUAAUAAUUGCCGAAUUUGCUUGCAAAGUAUUGGUCACGAACCAAUAAAAAUGACACGGGCAAUCCUGAAAUAUGUGGAACAAGAAUUACAAUUGAAGAAUCUUAUUCGCAAACAAAAGUCCACAGAUCCAACAAAUCUCUGUGCGGCAUGCUUUAAUAAAUUAGCCGAAUUUCAGGAUUUCCAUGAACAGUGCAAGGAAGCCGAUGAGUAUUGGAAGACCCAAUUUCCCACAGAAUGUGAUAACCCAAAGCCAGUUCUCGAGAGCAAUAACCUACCGAGUGUGACUAAAGAUGCCAGAAACAACAUAUACGUUGCAGUAGUAUCGUCAACUAAGGAAUCUGCAGAUAUGCAAUUGAAUCAGGAACCCAAACAGGAAGAAGAAGAUGAGCUGCUACUGACAUUACCAAUAAAUGAAAAUGGUUAUGCAACGGAAUCCAAUGAAGGCACCGAUCACCAUGAAAACAAUUCAGUGGAUAAUGUUAUAGAAGAAGAUGAAUACAACGCACAUAUGGACGUUACAGAAACGUGGUCACAGGAGGAUGAUGAUACAUCGUUACCGAUGGAAAACAAGGAUAAAUAUAACGAUGAACAAGAAAUAAUAAAUUUUGAAUAUGAAGGAAACGAUGGUGAGCAAGAUGAUUCGCAAUCAGAAUCAAGCACGGCAAAAGAAGUAGAGAACGAAAAUAAUACAUACGUCUAUCAGGAAGACAAUGGAGACGACAAUGGGAAUGAGGAUGAAGAUAUUUACAAACUUAUACAACAAACCUUAAACAAAGAGUUGCAUGCUACAACUUCUGAGCCAAAAAUGCGUUCCAAUACCCAAAAUUCUGGCCCAUCCACUAAUACUUAUGUUGUUACAACCGUGCUAGAUGAAAAUGGAAAAGUGAAAAAGUCAUAUCAAUGUCAGCACUGUGAUCGAGCCUUUGAUCGCAUCUAUGAUAUUGAAUCACACUACAAUAUCCACAGUGAUGUAAAACCCUUUAAGUGUGAGGUUUGCGGAAAAUGUUUUCGACAGAAAAAUAUUCUUACCACCCACCAGACAUUGCAUUUCGGCAAGAAAGUCGAAUGCCCGCAAUGUGAUAAAAAAUUUGCUCGACGAUCGCAGCUUAUUCUACAUUCUCGUAUGCAUCGCGAUGAAAAACCAUUUGUAUGCGAGUAUGAAGACUGUAAAGCUGCCUUCCGACAACGACAGCAUCUAGUCGAUCAUACAUUUAUUCACACUGGCGAGAAACAAUUCGAAUGUUCCACCUGUUCGAAAGCAUUCCAGACACGUAAACGUUUACAGGAUCAUUUGUACAAGGUACAUUCUGGUCAUCGGUAUAGUUGUUACAUGUGUGAAAAGACAUUCCUGAAACCACACCUACUAAAAAUUCAUCUCUUUUCUGCACACAAAGUGGCCUAUGAUGAUGUCUCACAUUUAAAAAUGAAAAUAGAUCAAAAUAAAGCGAUAGAAAAAUAAAUGUUUUUAAACGUUCAUUGCGUAUUUACCUAAGAUAAAUACGGCAUAUCCAUAAA